ACGGACCGGAAAUUGUCCUUUCUUAUUAUUGUUCCACUACAAACGUUAGUCAUUUCUAUGAUUGUUUCUGUUUGUGCUGUUUUGGCUAUUGAUAUGAUGAAUAAGGAAAUAAUAACCCAUACAUUACUGGAAUCAUUCUGGCGACACGGAUUAUUAAACUAACUCAAGCUAACUGUAUUUAUAUCAUGCUUGGGUACAAGCUACCCAGCUAGCUGCAGUUCUUAGCAAAUGUUACUGUGCCCUAACGACAUAUACCUUGAAUGGAGAUGGGUUGAUAGCUAGUGGCUACAUAUAUUGCUAGCUGUACCUAACUAAUUUAGAUAUCUACGUUGGAGCUCCUGGCCUAUUGCUGGAUCCCCUAACUAACCGUAUCGACGUCAUUAACUUGUGGUCGGCUUUAUGUCUCGACAGAGAAUAGUGAGAUUGUGAUUUUGUUCUCGAGCUGUAAAGAUGUCUGAGAGGAGGGACAGUCGUAGCUGGGACUGGGACAGUUCUCAAUGCCGAGCUCAGAUGGACCAGAUCUUCUUCCGCCAGCAUGACUACAUCCAAAAUGGAACCACAGAGCACAAAGAUUUCUGGACCUUUUUUGACCGCUUUCAGAGGUUCAAAACCAAGAAGGACAUGUCGGCAUCUGGAGCGCCAGAGAGCAGCAGGAAAGGGCACAGUGAUGGGAAGAAGACUGCAGAUCUGGGUCUUCCUAAAGAGUAUGAUGCCCGCUAUCGGAUCAACAUGUCAGUGUGUACCAGAGACGUAGAGGAGAAGCUGGUUACUGGCGCGUCUGAUCACAGAAACAGCCACAGACGGAGCUCUUCAGGCCCCGGGAGUCAGCAGAUCGCUGACUGUCGCCUGGCCUUGCUCCACUUCUUAGACUUCAACCAGAGGCAGAGCUUUGGGAAGCUGGCUAAGCUGAGGGCGGAGCAGAAGGCCCUCCCUAUCUUCCAGUACCGGGACCGCAUCGUGGAGCUGGUGCGUACCCAUCCGGUGGUUGUGGUGGCAGGCGACACUGGCUGUGGGAAGUCCACCCAGGUGCCCCAGUACCUGCUGUCGUCUGGGUUCAGUCACAUCGCCUGUACGCAGCCCCGGCGUAUCGCAUGCAUCUCCCUGGCCAAAAGGGUCAGCUUCGAGAGUCUCAACCAAUAUGGCUCCAAGGUUGGGUACCAGAUUCGCUUUGAGGGAACCCGCACCCCAUCCACCAAGCUGCUGUUUCUGACUGAGGGGCUGCUACUGAGACACAUCCAGGCUGACGGAGCGCUGGAACAAUACCAGGUGUUGAUCGUCGAUGAGGUCCACGAGAGGCACCUACACUGUGACUUCCUGCUCGGGGUCCUGCGCUCCCUCCUGGUCACCCGUCCCGACCUGCGCCUGAUCCUCAUGUCCGCCACCAUCAACAUCAAACUCUUCUCUGACUAUUUUAACUCAGCUCCGGUGCUACAGGUUCCCGGCCGGCUCUUCCCCAUUCAGGUGAUCUACCAGCCCAUCCCACCUGAGGAGCAGGCGUCCCGCUCGGAGAAGCUCGACCCCCGGCCCUACCUCCGGGUGCUGCAGGGGAUCGACCAGCGCUACCCGGCUGAGGAGAGAGGAGACCUGCUGCUGUUCCUCAGUGGAGUGGCUGAGAUAUCUACCAUCCUGGAGGCCUGCCAGGCGUAUGCCACGCACACCAAGCGCUGGAUCGUCCUGCCCCUACACAGCACCCUGUCCCUGGCGCAGCAGGAUAAGGUUUUUGACAUUUCUCCUCCAGGUGUCAGGAAGUGUAUAAUCUCCACCAACAUCGCUGAGACCUCUGUCACCAUUGAUGGGGUGCGCUUCGUAGUCGACUCAGGCAAGGUGAAGGAGAUGAGCUUUGACCCCAAGGCCAAGAUGCAGCGUCUGCAGGAGUUCUGGAUCAGUCGAGCCAGUUCGGAACAGAGGAAGGGCAGAGCGGGGAGGACGGGCCCGGGGGUGUGUUACCGUCUCUACGCCGAGUCAGACUACGAGGCCUUCGCACCCUACCCUGUCCCUGAAAUACACAGGGUGGCCCUGGACUCACUCAUACUGCAGAUGAAGAGCAUGGGCCUGGGAGACCCGCGGUCCUUCGUCUUCAUCGACCCACCUCCUACGGCCAGCAUCCAAACGGCAGUGACCUACCUCCGGGUGCAGGGGGCGCUAGAUCCCCGAGGAGAACUCACCCCCAUCGGCUGUCUGUUGGCUCAGCUGCCCGUUGAUGUGGUGAUCGGUAAGAUGCUGGUGCUGGGGUCCAUCCUCAACCUGGUGGAGCCGGUCCUGACAGUGGCCGCUGCGCUCAGUGUCCAGUCGCCAUUUCUCCGCUCGGCACAACACAACCCGGACUGCGCCACGGCGCGCCAGCCCCUGCACUCCGACCAGGGAGACCCCUUCACUCUGCUCAACACCUUCAAUGCCUGGGUUCAGGUGAAGGGGGAGAGGGGCGGCGCCAGCAGGAAGUGGUGCAGGAGAAGAGGUCUUGAGGAACAGAGACUGUAUGAGAUGGUCAACCUACGGAGACAGUUCAAGGAGCUGUUGCGUAGCCAUGGUCUGCUGGAGGUGCUGGAGGAGAGGGCUCCCUCUGGUGGAGGCCGUGGGCAACGCAGGGAGCGGCUGACUGAGAGGAGAAAGUUACACCAGCUGAAGAGAGAGCAUGACCUGGCAGAGGGAGGCCGUAGAAAGGUCCUGAGGCUGGAGGAUGGGCAGGAGGUGGACGGAGACUCUGGGUCGGACGCGGAGCCAGACAGGAGGGACAAGGAACCCACGGGGGAAUCCAGUGUGGACAUACAGGAAGUAAAGUUUAAGCUUCGCCACAAUGUGUCUGAGCUCCAGGAAGCAGCGGCGGCAAGUCAGGACCUGUCGUCACGGCAACAGGCCCUUCUGAAAUUGCUGCUCUGCCGAGGCCUGUAUCCCCAGCUGGCACUACCUGAUGAGCACAACGCCACUCGCAAGGACUCUGAGCAGGUGUUCCACACCAGAAACAAGCAGGGGGUUGUGAUCCAUCCCACCAGCGUUUUUGCCAGCGACCCAGAGGUGCUGCAUGUCCCAGAGGAAGGGAACAGAGAGGGACCUGAUAAAGGAGACAGCAGUAGACACCAGCUCCUAGCCUUCGUAACUCUGCUAGAGACCAACAAACCAUACAUUUCCAACUGUGUUAGAGUUCCAGCCCUACAGGCCCUGUUGCUGGUAGCAAACUCCCUGGACAGCAACGCCGACUGCACCAGGCUGGUGGUGGACGGCUGGUUGGAGGUGGGGCUGACAGGGGAGGAGGCCCUGCGGGUCCUGUCCAGCUCCCUCACCCUCCGGGCCAGCUGGGAGAAUCUCCUCCAGGCCCAGCUGGGAAAGGGCACCCUGGGGGCCGGUGCCGGGAGCAGGGCCAAGGCUGGAGGGGGGCUGAGUGAGGGCCUAGGUGUGCCUGGGGUGUCUCGGAAAGAUCUGGACAAGCUCAGUGAAGGACUGGUCCGCUUCCUGCUCUACACGGAGGUAAGCUACAGUCUCCGUCGUCUGACAGGCCUUCAGGUCCAGAACCUUUACGUUGGUCCCCAGCCCCAGACGGAGCUCUCAGAAGGACCCGCCCCAAACCCACUCUUCCCAGGAAUGGAGGUUCAGCCAGACCCCAUCAAGGGAGGGCUGCGGGUUACCAGUUACUUCACCUAUAACUGCCUCACGGACUCAAAGGACCUGUACAGUGAGUGUCUGAGAACGUUCUGGAGUUGUCCUCACUGUGACCUGUACAGUCCAGUCACCCCGCUAGAGAGGAUGAGCCACGAGGCCACCUGCAGGCCAGCCGGGGAACAGCAGAACAACCAGGACAGAGAGGACGAUGGCAUGAAGGGAGGCGCCUCCUCCACCUCGGUGUCCGGGCUGGCCAGGGUCUACCACUGUGAUGUCUGUGACCAGGACCUGAAGCUCACCUCAACAGAGAUCCUCAAACACAAGAGACAGCACAUGCAUUCUGGACGUUGAGUCUGAGAUCCUCAAACACUAGAGACAGCACAUGCAUUCUGGACGUUGAGUCUGAGAUUGUUAAACACCAGAGACAGCACAUGCAUUCUGGACGUUGAGUCUGAGAUCCUCAAACACCAGAGACAGCACAUGCAUUCUGGACGUUGAGUCUGAGAUCGUUAAACACCAGAGACAGCACAUGCAUUCUGGACGUUGAGUCUGAGAUCCUCAAACACUAGAGACAGCACAUGCAUUCUGGACGUUGAGUCUGAGAUCCUCAAACACCAGAGACAGCACAUGCAUUCUGGACGUUGAGUCUGAGAUUGUUAAACACCAGAGACAGCACCUGCAUUCUGGACGUUGAGUCUGAGAUCGUUAAACACCAGAGACAGCACAUGCAUUCUGGACGUUGAGUCUGAGACCCUCAAAUGCCAAGAUAUACCACAUCCGAUCUGGAUGAUACCAAAGCAAAAUAGUCUGGGAUUGAAAAAUGGGGGAGACUUGUAGUUUAUAAUAAAAAAAAAAUAAUAAUAAAAAAGCAACAGUCAUGCCUCUAUUCUAAAAUAUAGUUGGUCUCAGAUUUUGUGGUUGACAUCUCUGUGGACUACCUCAAGUUCCAGGGGUUGACCUGGAGCCCCAGGGAUUGACCUCAUCCCUGUGAAUGACCUCAAGCUGCAGGAGUUGACCUUGAGUUCCCCCCCGACCCACUGUAACUGACAGGGCCUAUUUACAGCUUGUUUUGUCUGUCUGAAAAGCUUUAUGUGAAAAGGCACCCGAGUGCAGUUGUAAAUGUGGUCUGAAUGAUGUCGCAGAGAGGAGACACGUGGUUAAAAUAUAGAGUGAGGGUUUAAUAAAGAUUCAAACCCACGAUAUGUUACGUUUACACCUCAAAGCAGCACAUUGGCACAAAGUCAGAAGUAAGACAGCACGGAAGAUGAA